GCAACAUUGCAUUUAGUUGACAAUUUGACAGCUACGCAGCAAUCGUCAGUCUCUUGUGAUACCGUAGUUUUUUAUUCGUUUUGCUAAAUAGUGUAGUGUUAGAGUGUAGUGGUCAGCUCAGCCUGAUCGCAGUGAAUCCGUCCGAGAGGUGGCGAGUGCGGGACAGCCGGUCGCGAUGCUGGCGCCGCAUCGCGCGCGGUGAAAGUGCAUGGUGUUGUGAGCGCGAGUGAGACUGCGAGUGGGUGACGAUGGGCGUGGGCCUGCAGCCGCUCGAGUUCACCGAGUGCCUCGCGGACAGCCCGCAGUUCCGGGAGAACCUGCAGAGGCACGAGAAGGAGUUGGAGCGCACCAGCCAACAGAUCAAGCGCCUCAUCAAAGAAGUCAAGGAUGUGGUGCAGGCCGCCAAGCGGCUGGGCGCGGCGCAGCAGGCGCUGGCCACCAGCAUGGAGCAGUUCGAGUUCGCGUGCAUCGGCGCGUCCAUGACGGAGGACGAGCGCGUCAUCAGCCGCUCGCUGCACCACUUCGCCACGCUCAUCCGCACCAUCGAGGACGAGCGCGACCGCAUGCUGGGGCGCGCACACGAGCAGAUCAUCCAGCCGCUCGAGCGCUUCCGCAAGGAGCACAUCGGCGCCGUCAAGGAGGGCAAGAAGAAGUUCGACAAGAAGACUGCCAAGUUCUGCCAGAGCCAGGAGCGCACGCUCUCGCUCUCCACCAAGAAGCCGGAGGCCGUCUUCCAGGAGGCGGACGCGGCGAUGGACAUGGCGGAGCGCGACUUCUGCCAGGCGUCGCUGGAGUACGUGUUCCAGCUGCAGGCGGUGCAGGAGCGCAAGAAGUUCGAGCUGGUGGAGACGCUGCUGGGCUUCGUGUUCGGCUGGUGGACCUUCCACCACACCGCGCACGACGUGCACGCCGACGCCGAGCCGCGCGUCAAGGACUUGCAGCUGCGCAUCCAGCGGACGCGGACCAACUUCGAGGAGAUGAGCAAGCAGACCGAGUCGCUCAUGAAGAAGAUGAUGGAGGUGCGCCAGAUGCACAAGGAGGAGCAGGCGGCCGACGAGCCGGGCGGAGCCGACUCGCGCGCCGGAUACCUCUUCCUCAUGGAGAAAAAGGCGUUCGGCACGACGACGUGGAGCAAGCAGUACUGCACGUACGAGAAGGCGUCGCGGCAGCUGUCGCUGACGCCGUACAACCAGAUGAACGUGAAGACGUCGGGCGGCACGGAGGCGCUGGCGGUGUGCGGCGCGCGCGCCUGCGCCGAGCCCGUGGAGCGCCGCUUCUGCUGGGAGUGCGUGCCCGACGAGCGCGAGCGGCCCGCGCUGGUGCUGCAGGCGCUGGGCGAGCGCGACCGCGCCGCCUGGCUGGCGGCGCUGCGCGAGCCGGGCGCCCGCGCCGCGCCGCCCGCGCCGCCGCCCGCGCCCGCCGCGCUGGACGACGCGGGCUUCGCCUUCGUGCGGCGCGUGCUGGCCGCCAUCGAGGCGCGCGGCCUGGAGGAGCAGGGCCUGUACCGCGUGGCGGGCGUGGCCAGCAAGGUGGCGCGCCUCGUGGCCUGCGCCGCGCCCGGCCGCCGCCUGCCGCCGCUGGACGACCCGCUGCACUGGGAGACCAAGACGCUCACCUCGGCGCUCAAGAGCUACCUGCGCGCGCUGCCCGACCCGCUGCUCACGCGCGCGCUGCACGCGCAGUUCCUCGCCGUGGCCAAGUGCGAGAGGCGCGGGGAGCGGGCGGCGGGCGUGGCGGCGCUGGUGCGGGCGCUGCCGCCGCACAACCGGGAGAUGCUGACGCUCGUGCUGCGACAUCUGCGCAAGGUGGCGGCGCGCAGCGACAAGAACCUGAUGUCUGCGUCGAACCUGGCGGUGUGCUUCGGGCCCACGCUGCUGCGCGCCGAGCGCGAGACCGUCGCCUCCAUCCUCGAGCUCAAGUUCUACAACGUGCUCGUGGAGACGCUGCUGGAGCUGCCCGACGACCUGGCGCCGCCGCCCCACGCGCCCCACCAGCCGCCCCACCAGCCGCCCCACCUGCAGCCGCUCAGGACGUCGCCGACGGCGAUGGCGAGUGCGGGCGCGGGCGAGCGCGCGGACGUGUGCGUGCAGCUGUGCGAGCGCGUGCUGGCGCCGCGCUACUCGCCGCAGCACGCGACGCUGCUGGCGCAGAUGGCGCGGCCGGGCCGCUCCAGCAGCUCGUCGGCGGAGUCGGUGUCGUCGCCGGGCGCGUCGCCGCUGCCGGCGCGGGGCGUCGCCUGGCGCGUGCGCACGCUGUACGCGUGUCUGGGCGAGAGCGAGGGCGAGCUGUCCUUCGAGCCCAACCAGAUCAUCACGAACGUGUCGGCGUCGGGCGAGCCGGGCUGGCUGCGCGGCACGCUCAACGGCAAGACGGGGCUGGUGCCCGAGAACUACGUCGAGCCGCUGCCCUGACUCACCAUAUCUUAGGCUUAUGUUGUUGAUUCUUUUGUACGUAUUUGUAUAUUUUGUACAUUGUAAAUAAGAGUUUGUUGAUAUUUUAACUAUUUAUAUUAUACUUUGUUGUGAAUUUUGUACCAAAUAUACUAUGUAUGACGUAUUAUUAUGCGAUAUCCGCUCGUGGAUUUUAAUGAUAAAGAUAAAGACUAAUUUGAACGAAAA